GCAUGCACGCACACAAACGGUUUUCCGUCUCCGGUGCGCGAGAACCGACUCGUGUGCGCGUCACCUUAAUCGUCAAAGCCAAACGACAAGGUCUGUAAAAAUACAAUAAAAAUAAAAACGAAGCUCGUUUGAAACGAAUAAAGCGAAAAAAUCUGUGCACGAAUGAUACUUGUUCCUGGACCCGUCAACGCGUAAGUCUCGUCGCGUGCCGAGUGCGACGAUGGAAGAACCAGAUUCGUGUAAAUCAGUGUCCUACGGCAAGGAUGGGCCGUAUUAUUCGACUCUGAACCGACCCGGCAGGUCUCCGUCGACCAGGUCCACCCCUUGCAUGUCUACUUCGCGCAGAUCUACCCCGGGCCGGUCUACAUCGGGCAGGUCUACUUCGGUGUGCAGUAGAUCUACCACGGACAGGUCGACGACUCCCGAAGCGCCGCCAGUUCCGCCGGCCACCUAUCACUGGGAGGAAGUGAGAAGAAAACGGUCGGUGGGUGGGUACCCGUGGACGCAUCUCAACAAACCGCCGUUCGACGAAAACACCUGGGUGAAGUACGAAAGGGAUCAUGUAUACGAACCUGUGACACCAGCCGCUGGCGCUGACCGGAAAUCUCCUCCCGUCGUGAAUCCGAUAAAAGACGAUAACCGUCAUUUUCUACGCAUACCAUUGACGGAAGAACUCGUAAUGGCCGACGAUACAGGUUCGGAACCAGAAAGCGAACAACAGCAUCAUCGACGACGACGACCUAACGGAGAGGAAGAAGACGACGAGGAAGACGACGAAGACGACGACAACGAUGACGAUGACGAAGACAACGACGAAGAAGAUAAUGAUGAAGACGGAAAUGAUGAUAGAAAAAAUGUAAGAUCGGACGAAUCGAUUUAUGAGGGUGAAAACGAAAACUCGUCUUUGGGUGAUGUAGAGUCCGGUAACACGCGUAUGAAGGUGUUCCAGCAAAAAGUCAAAGUCAAAGCGGACAUAUUGCGCACCAAAUUGCAAGGGGUGACUAAACGGAAGCCCAAGCAAAAAAUAGUCGUGGACACGCCCAACGGUGAAAAGUCUCGCCGCAAGUUUGGCCAGUUCGCCACUCUGCCGAAAAAGUUCACAUUCAAUGCACCCAAAGUGAACUUCUCAACGGCUUUUGGGCACUUCUCCCGGAGAUCCAUGGACCCAAAUGAAUCUAGCACAGAUGAGACGAAGAGUGUUCGGGAUGAGACGAAGAAUGGUCGGGAUGAGACGAAGAAUGGUCGGGAAGAGACGAAGAGUGGUCGAUUCUCGUUGCCGCGUUUUGGACUAUCCAGGACAUCGUCGGAAUCUCCGAAACCAUCAAAAUCCUUAAAAAUCGGUGGUUCUCGGCUGUCUAUACCAGGUUUCCGGCCGCGCACUUGGUCAGACGCGUCCAAGGUGUCGAAACCCGACAGCCCGAAACCGGACAUCUCGAAACCUCGAAUAAUGGAUUUCGGUACUUACCCGAGAAUAUUUUCGAAACGCAGGAAAACCAACGUGAUGAACAAAGCAAAAACUCCACCACUGUCGUCCGAUGGAGGAGAGCCAGAAUCAAACAACUACAAGCGAAAGGACUCUUUCCAUCGGCGUUUCUUUCGGUCACACAAAGAGUCAACGCCGGCUCCGACGGAAGAACAGACCGCCACGCUGGCUGUAGAAGAAGAGCUGGACGAGCCACCGCUGCAGGUAUCUAAGGAAUCGUUGGCUGAAUUCGGUGACAGCGAUCUACAGGAAGUGAUAUCGCUAAGCGACGACUGCAGUCGACCAAAGGACACGAAGAGCUUGUCCGAGCACCGACCGGGAGUAAUCGAGGAGAUUGAUUCCGAUGAGUUUUUCCUCCGUGAAAAAGGUCUAAGUCGUGGUGACGUGCAUAUCAGCAAUUACCUGUCGUCGGAGAUCAGAGACGUGUUCAGGUCGAACCGGACACGGUCCGUGGAAGGUGUUAAUGACAACAACAACGGCGGGAAUGCUAGAAACAACCGCGACUCCAGUAGCGGUAUCGCCACGCCCGUUAGACCGUCGCGGACCAAUUCGUUGAGGAGACCUAACCGGCAAACUACAGCAGACGUGAACUCUGAGCGAUCUUAUGUCGCGGAUCGGUUCAGCACGAUGCCAAAAUCGUUCGGUGGCACCAGGUCGUUGAAGAAACCGGAAGACGAUACUCCUGAGAACAUAAUCACCAGUCAGACGUUUGAACCGUCUCAAAAUCCCGUGCUGCCGUCGGGAGUGCCCUGGAGGACUUCCGGUAGGCAAACGGUCGCUGCCACGGUCACAUGCAUGCCGCCAAAACCACCGACCAGACAACGCAUGUCCAAGUUUUCCACGUUUGACACGCGGUCGAUGAUUGAUUUGUCCAGAAAGAGAAGCCAGUCACAAAUCGGAUUCCAGCCGUCAAUGAACUUUUCAGAAACCGUGCCAAAAGCGCCGAUGCGUCGGUCCAGAACUUCGUUAGCCGGUUCCGAUCACGAUAUUUCGGUGGCGAUGGCCGAUUGUGGGAGCCGGCCUUCGUGGGCUGUCAACAACGGCGGCGCAGGAGUGCCGACACCACCGUUGCGCCGAUCGCGGAUGUCGCUGUCGGUGGACGCAGACGUCGAAGAGCGGUCGGCAACGGCCGCUUACGCGGUAAACGGCAGUGCGUCCGCGAGGUCCGCCGGCUCCACGCCUCCCCGGCCACCCCCACCGCGGUCGACAACAACUACGUCUUCCACGGUCGCGGGCUACGCGACGGUGGACAAGUCGUCUCAAUCCUCCGCGACACUACUGUUACCGCCACAGUCACCGAUGCGGCACAGACGGAAAAAAUCAUAUGACGUAAUCAAAAGCCAAGAGUUUGGAGCGUUCUUCACCAUACCGAGGUCGUACAGCUACUGCGACAGGAAUGCACGACCGUCCACCACUGCAGCAGACACCUCCAACGCCGCUAAACUGCCACCGCCAUCGAGACCCGCGCGAGCCUACAACACUCUGGGGCCAUCUCGACCGCUCCGGCGCCGGUUACCGGUCAGCGAACACGAGUAUGGCGACGUGGCCGAUGACGGCAGUGGCCACCACCACAAUGGCGGUGGCGACGACGACGACAGAAAUGACGGGACGGCUAAAGCGGCGGCAGCGUUGUGCUCGGGCGACGUGAUCGAAAAGAUGAAACUUCGGCCGUUGCCGUCACCGCCGCCACCGCCGCGCAAGUCGAGGGCGGCCGACGACACUGCUACGCCCGAACCCCAACGGCGCAGGAACACCGAUUCGGCCCUGGUUCCUUUUUUAGAUCGGCGAGAAACGUCUGCAACAUCGUCUAGCGAUUUUUUUGCCGACGUUUCUCGUGCGCUUCUCGCGUCUGCGGCCAAAAACGCUGUUGCUAACUGAGCUGACGACGUGUCCGUAGCCGUUCAGACCGACCCGUCACCAGCAGCUGAUGAUUACGCGUCGGACGAUCAUCGCGAUGACGGAUCCUGCUGUUCAGCCGAUUCGUAUGACCGGUCGUCGAAGUUUACUACUGCAGCAGUAGGAGGAGCAACAUCUCGACAUCUCGCUCCGAAAACCCUGACCGUCGCCGCCACUGACCGACCCAGGACCCGGUCAUCGUCUCAGGCCACCGAGUACGUUGACCGGCCGACCUCCGGCAUGUCGGUAACCGCAGCAGACGACUGCAGCUGUAACGGUUACGCGAUGGUGUCUGACGCAGCCGCUACAGGCGGUGUCGCUGCAGUGCGAGCGCAACGCAUAACAGUCGAGGAGCUGCAAGUAGGGAGGAUGAUCGUGGCCGACAUACUCGGGCAGCGAAUGGCCGUCGAUGACAUGUCCGGAUCGAGUCUGAAGAUCGCUCAGUUUGCCGCUGCGGCUCAGCAUCCAUCUCUGCAGCAGGACGCCACCGCCGCCGUCCAAGCCGCACCUUCAGGUGCAGACGACCCGAUAACGCACGUGCCGCUGUUGCAGGACGACAACGCGUCGGUUCAGUCUUCGCGCGUGUCGUCCAUGUACCCGGAAGUGGAUUCGGACGAGGACCGGGCCAGUGUGUUGGCCGCGCCCACGCCACCGCGCCGACGCAGCAAACCUCCGUCCUCGCCUCGUUCACCCGUCACCACCGACCACCACCACGACCAGGGAAAAAACGGCAGGCCACCGGGAACCGUUGGCGCCGUUGACCUGUCCACCGCCGACCCGUCCAUCACCGAGCUCAGCUGUCAGCUGUUCCGGUUGUGUCACUCGAACGUGUGCAGCCUGUUCACUAAAGUCGUCCAGCAAGUGGUCCCCGAGGAUACGGAGAAGCGGCGCGACCUGCAAGCCGCCUUGUGUUUCCUGAGCAUCAUACUCGCCGGUCUACUGAUCCUAGGCUUCGGCAACGAGAAGACCAUACACCACCACCACUGGGACUUUCAAUUUCCCCCCAAUCAGUAGCCCCACGCAUGUUGGGGGUUGUUGCGCUACUGUCGUUAUUGUUAUUGUUGCUAACCGAUCGUUGUUUCUUUAAGUUUUGCAUUUCGAUAUUUUAAUAUUCAAUUAUUGUAUAGCACGAUUGUUAAAAAUAUCUUUACUCUAUAAACAACAGUCGUUUUAGUCAUUGACCGGCUGGUAAAAGAUAAUUUUUAGGGCUUAAAUUCAAAACACUUAACACUUACGGUUUUUGUUUAUGUACCUACCUAACUUUUCCUAGCGGUUUCGUUUUACUCAAUUCUUGUUCUAACCUAUUUCUGCAACACAUUGCAGUUGUUGUUUCAUUAAAAAGGUUAACCGCUAACAGUAAAUAAUUACUGUUUUACUCCACAGUGGCAGUUAGAACACAAAUAUUAUAUAGGUAGGUUAGGUUAUGUAUUGACUAGGGGUACUUCAAACUUUGUACGAAUAUUAAAAAAUGUUUAUUAAUUAAUUAAAAAUUUGAAUGAUA